UUACGUUCACACGCUGCGGCAGGGCACCAACGUGAAACGCUAAAGGCGGCGACGCGGUCAUGUGGCCUGUAGUUUGGGCAGCCAUGCGGACCUACGCCCCGUACGUCACCUUCCCCGUGGCCUUUGUGGUGGGAGCGGUGGGCUACCACCUGGAGUGGUUCAUCAGGGGGACGCCCAAACCUCGCGAGGAGGAGCAGAGCAUCCUUGAGCUGAGGGAAGAGAGGAAACUGCAGGAACAAGCCGGCAUGGACGGCACGCAGGUGCUUAGCCUCAAGGAGAAACUGGAAUUUACACCGAAAGCUGCUCUGAACAGGAACCGUCCUGAAAAGAGCUAACUAGCCCUUUCGACCACAGACAACAUUAUUUAGCACGGUGACAGGGAGGGAGCUUCUCCGAGUCCAUCCAACCAUUGCUCCUCGUGGCUGGUCUGCUAUAAGUCUGUGUGCAUGUCAUCGUCAUGUACUUUGUGGAACAACUGAGAAACAAAUGCUGAUGUGUUUUCAAUCUGUUACACACGCACACUGUACAAAUAUAGGAAACCUGUCUGUGUCAAAUGAAAGAAAAAUCUCUGGUCUUUUCAGCGACAAUGUAUGGCCAAAAGUAUUGAGACACGCCUUUUAACCAAGGAAGAGUCGGGCUCCAUCUUAGUUGCCCUUCAAUCUUUGGACAAUUGGGAGCAUUUUGGAGCAAAGCAUUUCCUGAUCUGGCAUGACUGAAAGGAAGACCUCACAAUAGACACUAAUUCCAACAGACGUGACCUGAAAGGCUGAAAGCGGCUCCUUAAUUUCACUUCCUUUAUGUGUAACAGGCUAACAGCCAUGUGUACCACUACUUUUGGCCACACAAUGUAAAUGUGCUCUGUAGCUUUUGGCAUGUUCUUUCCAUAACUGUGUCACCAAAGACAAUAAUUUCGUGUACAAUGUAUGGUGGGAGGGGAUCAUGAAGUUUUUGAUGGUUAUGCAGGAACUCAGCCAUCAGUAUGGGAGGUCUGUGAUGUCGGUAAAGCAGCUUAGUCCUGUUCUUGUGUGGAACAGCACCACUUUCAUUUUAGAAAGUUGUCCACUUUGCACAAAAGGCCUUUCAAACUGUGUGUCAUGUGAA